GUAUAUACUUGCUGUGGAAGAAAACAACUACACCAGCACCAGAAACUUUUCUACCAUAAUUUAAUUCUGCUAGAAACAUCUAUGCCAAUAUUCAUUCAUAUCCAAAAAAUCAACUCCACUGAGACUUGAUUUUUGGUGAAAAUGUGAAUGUGCCGUGCGAAAACACAAAUCUUCGAGAUAGGAGAUGGUCUGUCGAACCGACCAAGAACAUAAACAAGAUAAAUCAACGGCUUCUCAAAUUGACCACGACAAAAAGCGCCAUUCAGCGAAAACCAUCUGAGCCAGAACCAGAGAUUCUACUGCUACAUUCCAUGACUUACACUAUAUACGAAAAUCAUUUGCAAAUUCAAAUUAUUUGAACGAUUUCGUGUACGAUAUGUUUCUCUACAAAGGGUCAGAAAUAAGCCAAGAACUCUUUUCAUCGUGGGCAUGCCUCAUGAUUCUUCAAUGCUUGGCCUUUGCUUGGUUCACUGGUAGAAGUCGAGUCCGUCACGAGGUGAUCCAUAGCGAGGAAGAUAAAAUGUGGUUGAAAAAUCCAAAAACGAAAAUCACUUCGAACUUUUGCUGCCAUCCGGAAGUACGCCAUCUUAGAUCUGGUCAUUUGAGAAAUCUCGAAAUGAUAAUGCCGUAUCUUUUGAUGACGCCGAUCUGGUUAAGCACCAGUCCAUCGCGUCUCGUAGCCAAAAUUAUUCUUCAUUCAUUUCCUAUUUUUGCAAUAACUGAUUCUUUGUUAUACAUGAAUCUCGUUGAAACUCCGAAAGUGUUGGGAAACUUUACGUUCGUGGUCUGUUACAGUCUCAUUGUUUACGUGACUGUUUCAAAUUUAAUAUCCUCAUGUUGGUAGAAAAAUAAACCACUUUUCCAUCAAAAA